UGUGUAUUAGUUUUAUUGCCGCAGAAUGUAUAUUACCAUCCUUUCAACGAUUAAGACUUCUUAUUUUUAAAAACUGGUGAGGCAAUAAGAAAUGAAGUUGCUCGUCUUGAUAUUGGUACUCGCUCUAGUCUGUACUUUUACCACCGGAUUUUCGUGCAAAAAGUGGAAUAUACAUUGUAUUAAUAAUUUUGAAUAUCAACUGUGCUUCAAAUUUGGACGACGUAGUGUGUUGGUUGGCGAAAUCAAAACAUGUCCCGCACGAACGAUAUGCGACGAGAAUAAUAUUUUUCCUUGUGUGAAAGUGUCGCCGUUGCGAAUUCCUGCGAUUCAGAGGGAAGUAAGCACUGUGGCCCCAGUUACACCUCCCGCGUGUUCUGGUGCUAGCAAAUCACCAGCGAGUCAGUGUAAUCAAUAUUAUCAGUGUAUACCAUUUUUAUGGUGGUGGGAGCCCAAUUUGCAAACUUGUCCAUCGGGUUUAGCGUAUGAUCCGUCCAUACAAGAUUGUACUUCAGCUGAACUUUUGAACUGUGGGAUAGCUACAACUACAAUUGCCCCCACGACGCCAGUACCUGUUACUGCGCCACCAUGUAGUGGACCAAGUAAAGCCCCCGCGACGUAUUGCAACCAGUAUUAUGAAUGCCAACAGACGUUGUGGUGGUGGGCCCCCGUUUUAAAAACUUGUCCGGAUGGACAAGCAUUUAACGUGGCAAUCAGUGAUUGCGCACCAGCAACUUCAGCAACGUGCAAUUUAAUACCAGCGACAACAGUUGUUACAUCAAGCCAAACAACAACUAUCACGACGGUUCUUACGUCGAUUACCGCUGCUCCAACUACAACUACAAAUGAACAAAUAUCCACUACGACUGAGUCAAUGAGAAGUACAACCGAACAGGUCGAAACAGAAUCCACCACAUCUGAAUAUUUCACAACAACAACAAAACUCGAAACAACAACGGCCACCUCGCCAGAUACUACAACGGCUGAAACUUCCACAACAACAUCGCUCGAAACAACAACGGCCACAUUGCCAGAUACCACAACAGCUGAACCUUCUACAACAACAACAUUUGAGACGACAACGGCCACACUGCCAGAUACCACAACAACAACGCUCGAAACAACAACGGCCACGUCGUCAGAUACGACCACAGCGGAACCGUCUACAAUAACAACACUCGAUACGACAACGGUCACAUCGCCAGAUACCACAACAACUGAACCUUUCACAACAACGACACUCAAGUCGACCACAGUCACGUUGAUAGGUACAAAUACACCUGAACUUCCUACAACAACAACAACACUCGAUACGACAACGGUCACAUCGCCAGAUAUCACAACAACUGAACCUUUCACAACAACGACACUCAAGUCGACCACAGUCACGUUGAUAGGUACAAAUACACCUGAACCUCCUACAACAACAACAACACUAGAUACGACAACGGUCACAUCGCCAGAUACCACAACAACUGAACCUUUCACAACAACGACACUCAAGUCGACCACAGUCACGUUGAUAGGUACAAAUACACCUGAACCUCCUACAACAACAACAACACUAGAUAACACAACGGUCACAUCGCCAGAUACCACAACAACUGAACCUUUCACAACAACGACACUCAAGUCGACCACAGUCACGUUGAUAGGUACAAAUACACCUGAACCUCCUACAACAACAACAACACUAGAUACGACAACGGUCACAUCGCCAGAUACCACAACAACUGAACCUUUCACAACAACGACACUCAAGUCGACCACAGUCACGUUGAUAGGUACAAAUACACCUGAACCUCCUACAACAACAACAACACUAGAUACGACAACGGUUACAUCGCCAGAUACCACAACAACUGAACCUUUCACAACAACGACACUCAAGUCGACCACAGUCACGUUGAUAGGUACAAAUACACCUGAACCUCCUACAACAACAACAACACUAGAAACGACAACGGUCACAUCGCCAGAUACCACAACAACUGAACCUUCCACAACAACGACACUCAAGUCGACCACAGUCACGCUGAUAGAUACAAAUACACCUGAACCUCCUACAACAACAACAACACUCGAUACGACAACGGCCACAUCGCCAGAUACUACAACGGCUGAACCUUCCACAUCAACAACGAUCGAAACGACUACGUUCACGUCACCAGAAACGACCACAGCUGAACAUUAUGCAACAACAACAUUCGAGACGACAACGGUCUCAUCGCCAGAUACCACAACAACUGAACUUUCCACAACUACAACGCUCGAAACAACAACGACCUCCUUGCCAGAUACCACAACAGCUGAACCUUCCACAAUAACAACACUCGAGACGACAACAGCUACAUCGCCAGAUACCACAACAACUGAAUCUUCCACAACAACAACGCUCGAAACAACAACGGCCACGUCACCAGAUACUACCACAGCUGAACUGUCUACAACAACAACACUCGAAACGACAACACCCACAUCGCCAGAUACCACAACAACUGAACCUACCACAACAACAACGCUCGAAACGACAACGGCCACGUCGCCAGAAACGACCACAGCUGAACCGUCUACAACAACAACGCUCGAAACGACAACGGCCACGUCACCAGAUACGACCACAACUGAACCUUCCACAACAACAACGCUCGAAACGACAACGGCCACGUCACCAGAUACGACCACAACUGAACUUUCCACAACAACAACGCUCGAGACGACAACACCCACAUCGCCAGAUACCACAACAACUGAACCUACCACAACAACAACGCUCGAAACGACAACGGCCACGUCACCAGAUACUACCACAGCUGAACUGUCUACAACAACAACACUCGAAACGACAACACCCACAUCGCCAGAUACCACAACAACUGAACCUACCACAACAACAACGCUCGAAACGACAACGGCCACGUCACCAGAUACUACCACAGCUGAACUGUCUACAACAACAACACUCGAAACGACAACACCCACAUCGCCAGAUACCACAACAACUGAACCUACCACAACAACAACGCUCGAAACGACAACGGCCACGUCGCCAGAAACGACCACAGCUGAACCGUCUACAACAACAACACUCGAAACGACAACGGCCACGUCACCAGAAACGACCACAGCUGAACCGUCUACAACAACAACGCUCGAAACGACAACGGCCACGUCACCAGAUACGACCACAACUGAACCUUCCACAACAACAACGCUCGAAACGACAACGGCCACGUCGCCAGAAACGACCACAGCUGAACCGUCUACAACAACAACACUCGAAACGACAACGGCCACGUCACCAGAAACGACCACAGCUGAACCGUCUACAACAACAACGCUAGAAACGACAACGGCCACGUCACAAGAAACGACCACAGCUGAACCGUCUACAACAACAACACUCGAAACGACAACGCCCACGUCAACAGAAACGACCACAGCUGAACCGUCUACAACAACAACACUCGAAACGACAACGGCCACGUCACCAGAUACGACCACAGUUGAACCUUCCACAUCAACAACGCUCGAAACGACAACGGCCACGUCACCAGAUACGACCACAACUGAACCAUCUACAACAACAACACUCGAAACGACAACGGCCACGUCACCAGAUACGACCACAACUGAACCUUCCACAACAACAACGCUCGAAACGACAACGGCCACGUCACCAGAUACGACCACAGCUGAACCGUCAACAACAACAACACUCGAAACGACAACGGCCACGUCACCAGAUACUACCACAGCUGAACCUACCACAACUACAACACUCGAAACGACAACGGCCACGUCACCAGAUACGACCACAACUGAACCUUCCACAUCAACAACGCUCGAAACGACAACGGCCACGUCACCAGAAACGACCACAACUGAACCAUCUACAACAACAACACUCGAAACGACAACGGCCACGUCACCAGAUACGACCACAACUGAACCUUCCACAACAACAACGCUCGAAACGACAACGGCCACGUCACCAGAUACUACCACAGCUGAACCUACCACAACUACAACACUCGAAACGACAACGGCCACGUCACCAGAUACGACCACAACUGAACCUUCCACAUCAACAACGCUCGAAACGACAACGGCCACGUCACCAGAUACGACCACAACUGAACCAUCUACAACAACAACACUCGAAACGUCAACUGCCACGUCACCAGAAACGACCACAGCUGAACCGUCUACAACAACAACACUCGAAACGACAACACCCACAUCGCCAGAUACCACAACAACUGAACCAACCACAACAACAACGCUCGAAACGACAACACCCACAUCGCCAGAUACCACAACAACUGAACCUACCACAACAACAACGCUCGAAACGACAACGGCCACGUCGCCAGAAACGACCACAGCUGAACCGUCUACAACAACAACACUCGAAACGACAACGGCCACGUCACCAGAAACGACCACAGCUGAACCGUCUACAACAACAACGCUCGAAACGACAACGGCCACGUCACCAGAUACGACCACAACUGAACCUUCCACAACAACAACGCUCGAAACGACAACGGCCACGUCGCCAGAAACGACCACAGCUGAACCGUCUACAACAACAACACUCGAAACGACAACGGCCACGUCACCAGAAACGACCACAGCUGAACCGUCUACAACAACAACGCUAGAAACGACAACGGCCACGUCACAAGAAACGACCACAGCUGAACCGUCUACAACAACAACACUCGAAACGACAACGCCCACGUCAACAGAAACGACCACAGCUGAACCGUCUACAACAACAACACUCGAAACGACAACGGCCACGUCACCAGAUACGACCACAGUUGAACCUUCCACAUCAACAACGCUCGAAACGACAACGGCCACGUCACCAGAUACGACCACAACUGAACCAUCUACAACAACAACACUCGAAACGACAACGGCCACGUCACCAGAUACGACCACAACUGAACCUUCCACAACAACAACGCUCGAAACGACAACGGCCACGUCACCAGAUACGACCACAGCUGAACCGUCAACAACAACAACACUCGAAACGACAACGGCCACGUCACCAGAUACUACCACAGCUGAACCUACCACAACUACAACACUCGAAACGACAACGGCCACGUCACCAGAUACGACCACAACUGAACCUUCCACAUCAACAACGCUCGAAACGACAACGGCCACGUCACCAGAAACGACCACAACUGAACCAUCUACAACAACAACACUCGAAACGACAACGGCCACGUCACCAGAUACGACCACAACUGAACCUUCCACAACAACAACGCUCGAAACGACAACGGCCACGUCACCAGAUACUACCACAGCUGAACCUACCACAACUACAACACUCGAAACGACAACGGCCACGUCACCAGAUACGACCACAACUGAACCUUCCACAUCAACAACGCUCGAAACGACAACGGCCACGUCACCAGAUACGACCACAACUGAACCAUCUACAACAACAACACUCGAAACGUCAACUGCCACGUCACCAGAAACGACCACAGCUGAACCGUCUACAACAACAACACUCGAAACGACAACACCCACAUCGCCAGAUACCACAACAACUGAACCAACCACAACAACAACGCUCGAAACGACAACACCCACAUCGCCAGAUACCACAACAACUGAACCUACCACAACAACAACGCUCGAAACGACAACGGCCACGUCGCCAGAAACGACCACAGCUGAACCGUCUACAACAACAACACUCGAAACGACAACGGCCACGUCACCAGAAACGACCACAGCUGAACCGUCUACAACAACAACGCUAGAAACGACAACGGCCACGUCACAAGAAACGACCACAGCUGAACCGUCUACAACAACAACACUCGAAACGACAACACCCACAUCGCCAGAUACCACAACAACUGAACCUACCACAACAACAACGCUCGAAACGACAACGGCCACGUCGCCAGAAACGACCACAGCUGAACCGUCUACAACAACAACACUCGAAACGACAACGGCCACGUCACCAGAAACGACCACAGCUGAACCGUCUACAACAACAACGCUCGAAACGACAACGGCCACGUCACCAGAUACGACCACAACUGAACUUUCCACAACAACAACGCUCGAAACGACAACGGCCACGUCGCCAGAAACGACCACAGCUGAACCGUCUACAACAACAACACUCGAAACGACAACGGCCACGUCACCAGAAACGACCACAGCUGAACCGUCUACAACAACAACGCUAGAAACGACAACGGCCACGUCACAAGAAACGACCACAGCUGAACCGUCUACAACAACAACACUCGAAACGACAACACCCACAUCGCCAGAUACCACAACAACUGAACCUACCACAACAACAACGCUCGAAACGACAACGGCCACGUCGCCAGAAACGACCACAGCUGAACCGUCUACAACAACAACACUCGAAACGACAACGGCCACGUCACCAGAAACGACCACAGCUGAACCGUCUACAACAACAACGCUCGAAACGACAACGGCCACGUCACCAGAUACGACCACAACUGAACCUUCCACAACAACAACGCUCGAAACGACAACGGCCACGUCGCCAGAAACGACCACAGCUGAACCGUCUACAACAACAACACUCGAAACGACAACGGCCACGUCACCAGAAACGACCACAGCUGAACCGUCUACAACAACAACGCUAGAAACGACAACGGCCACGUCACAAGAAACGACCACAGCUGAACCGUCUACAACAACAACACUCGAAACGACAACGGCCACGUCACCAGAAACGACCACAGCUGAACCGUCUACAACAACAACGCUAGAAACGACAACGGCCACGUCACAAGAAACGACCACAGCUGAACCGUCUACAACAACAACACUCGAAACGACAACGCCCACGUCAACAGAAACGACCACAGCUGAACCGUCUACAACAACAACACUCGAAACGACAACGGCCACGUCACCAGAUACGACCACAGUUGAACCUUCCACAUCAACAACGCUCGAAACGACAACGGCCACGUCACCAGAUACGACCACAACUGAACCAUCUACAACAACAACACUCGAAACGACAACGGCCACGUCACCAGAUACGACCACAACUGAACCUUCCACAACAACAACGCUCGAAACGACAACGGCCACGUCACCAGAUACGACCACAGCUGAACCGUCAACAACAACAACACUCGAAACGACAACGGCCACGUCACCAGAUACUACCACAGCUGAACCUACCACAACUACAACACUCGAAACGACAACGGCCACGUCACCAGAUACGACCACAACUGAACCUUCCACAUCAACAACGCUCGAAACGACAACGGCCACGUCACCAGAAACGACCACAACUGAACCAUCUACAACAACAACACUCGAAACGACAACGGCCACGUCACCAGAUACGACCACAACUGAACCUUCCACAACAACAACGCUCGAAACGACAACGGCCACGUCACCAGAUACUACCACAGCUGAACCUACCACAACUACAACACUCGAAACGACAACGGCCACGUCACCAGAUACGACCACAACUGAACCUUCCACAUCAACAACGCUCGAAACGACAACGGCCACGUCACCAGAUACGACCACAACUGAACCAUCUACAACAACAACACUCGAAACGUCAACUGCCACGUCACCAGAAACGACCACAGCUGAACCGUCUACAACAACAACACUCGAAACGACAACACCCACAUCGCCAGAUACCACAACAACUGAACCAACCACAACAACAACGCUCGAAACGACAACACCCACAUCGCCAGAUACCACAACAACUGAACCUACCACAACAACAACGCUCGAAACGACAACGGCCACGUCGCCAGAAACGACCACAGCUGAACCGUCUACAACAACAACACUCGAAACGACAACGGCCACGUCACCAGAAACGACCACAGCUGAACCGUCUACAACAACAACGCUAGAAACGACAACGGCCACGUCACAAGAAACGACCACAGCUGAACCGUCUACAACAACAACACUCGAAACGACAACACCCACAUCGCCAGAUACCACAACAACUGAACCUACCACAACAACAACGCUCGAAACGACAACGGCCACGUCGCCAGAAACGACCACAGCUGAACCGUCUACAACAACAACACUCGAAACGACAACGGCCACGUCACCAGAAACGACCACAGCUGAACCGUCUACAACAACAACGCUCGAAACGACAACGGCCACGUCACCAGAUACGACCACAACUGAACUUUCCACAACAACAACGCUCGAAACGACAACGGCCACGUCGCCAGAAACGACCACAGCUGAACCGUCUACAACAACAACACUCGAAACGACAACGGCCACGUCACCAGAAACGACCACAGCUGAACCGUCUACAACAACAACGCUAGAAACGACAACGGCCACGUCACAAGAAACGACCACAGCUGAACCGUCUACAACAACAACACUCGAAACGACAACACCCACAUCGCCAGAUACCACAACAACUGAACCUACCACAACAACAACGCUCGAAACGACAACGGCCACGUCGCCAGAAACGACCACAGCUGAACCGUCUACAACAACAACACUCGAAACGACAACGGCCACGUCACCAGAAACGACCACAGCUGAACCGUCUACAACAACAACGCUCGAAACGACAACGGCCACGUCACCAGAUACGACCACAACUGAACCUUCCACAACAACAACGCUCGAAACGACAACGGCCACGUCGCCAGAAACGACCACAGCUGAACCGUCUACAACAACAACACUCGAAACGACAACGGCCACGUCACCAGAAACGACCACAGCUGAACCGUCUACAACAACAACGCUAGAAACGACAACGGCCACGUCACAAGAAACGACCACAGCUGAACCGUCUACAACAACAACACUCGAAACGACAACGGCCACGUCACCAGAAACGACCACAGCUGAACCGUCUACAACAACAACACUCGAAACGACAACGGCCACGUCACCAGAUACGACCACAGUUGAACCUUCCACAUCAACAACGCUCGAAACGACAACGGCCACGUCACCAGAUACGACCACAACUGAACCAUCUACAACAACAACACUCGAAACGACAACGGCCACGUCACCAGAUACGACCACAACUGAACCUUCCACAACAACAACGCUCGAAACGACAACGGCCACGUCACCAGAUACGACCACAGCUGAACCGUCAACAACAACAACACUCGAAACGACAACGGCCACGUCACCAGAAACGACCACAGCUGAACCGUCUACAACAACAACGCUCGAAACGACAACGGCCACGUCACCAGAUACGACCACAGCUGAACCGUCAACAACAACAACACUCGAAACCACAACGGCCACGUCACCAGAUACUACCACAGCUGAACCUACCACAACUACAACACUCGAAACGACAACGGCCACGUCACCAGAUACGACCACAGCUGACCUGUCUACAACAACAACGCUCGAAACGACAACACCCACAUCGCCAGAUACCACAACAACUGAACCUCCCACAACAACAACGCUCGAAACGACAACGGCCACGUCACCAGAAACGACCACAGCUGAACCGUCUACAACAACAACGCUAGAAACGACAACGGCCACGUCACAAGAAACGACCACAGCUGAACCGUCUACAACAACAACACUCGAAACGACAACGGCCACGUCACCAGAAACGACCACAGCUGAACCGUCUACAACAACAACACUCGAAACGUCAACUGCCACGUCACAAAAAACGACCACAGCUGAACCGUCUACAACAACAACACUCGAAACGACAACGGCCACGUCACCAGAAACGACCACAGCUGAACCGUCUACAACAACAACACUCGAAACGACAACGGCCACGUCACCAGAUACUACCACAGCUGAACCUACCACAACUACAACACUCGAAACGACAACGGCCACGUCACCAGAUACGACCACAGCUGAACUGUCUACAACAACAACGCUCGAAACGACAACACCUACAUCGCCAGAUACCACAACAACUGAACCUCCCACAACAACAACGCUCGAAACGACAACGGCCACGUCACCAGAAACGACCACAGCUGAACCGUCUACAACAACAACACUCGAAACGACAACGGCCACGUCAUCAGAUACGACCACAACUGAACCUUCCACAUCAACAACGCUCGAAACGACAACGGCCACCUCACCAGAUACGACCACAACUGAACCAUCUACAACAACAACACUCGAAACGACAACGGCCACGUCACCAGAUACGACCACAACUGAACCUUCCACAUCAACAACGCUCGAAACGACAACGGCCACGUCACCAGAUACGACCACAACUGAACUGUCUACAACAACAACGCUCGAAACGACAACACCCACAUCGCCAGAUACCACAACAACUGAACCUCCCACAACAACAACGCUCGAAACGACAACGGCCACGUCACCAGAAACGACCACAGCUGAACCGUCUACAACAACAACGCUCGAAACGACAACGGCCACGUCACCAGAUACUACCACAGCUGAACCUACCACAACUACAACACUCGAAACGACAACGGCCACGUCACCAGAUACGACCACAGCUGACCUGUCUACAACAACAACGCUCGAAACGACAACACCUACAUCGCCAGAUACCACAACAACUGAACCUCCCACAACAACAACGCUCGAAACGACAACGGCCACGUCACCAGAAACGACCACAGCUGAACCGUCUACAACAACAACGCUAGAAACGACAACGGCCACGUCACAAGAAACGACCACAGCUGAACCGUCUACAACAACAACACUCGAAACGACAACGGCCACGUCACCAGAUACGACCACAACUGAACUUUCCACAACAACAACGCUCGAGACGACAACACCCACAUCGCCAGAUACCACAACAACUGAAGCUACCACAACAACAACGCUCGAAACGACAACGGCCACGUCACCAGAAACGACCAGAGCUGAGCCGUCUACAACAACAACACUCGAAACGACAACGGCCACGUCAAAAGAAACGACCACAGCUGAACCGUCUACAACAACAACGCUAGAAACGACAACAGCUGAACCGUCUACAACAACAACACUCGAAACGACAACGGCCACGUCACCAGAAACGACCACAGCUGAAGCGUCUACAACAACAACGCUAGAAACGACAACGGCCACGUCACAAGAAACGACCACAGCUGAACCGUCUACAACAACAACACUCGAAACGACAACGGCCACGUCACCAGAAACGACCACAGCUGAACCGUCUACAACAACAACGCUAGAAACGACAACGGCCACGUCACAAGAAACGACCACAGCUGAACCGUCUACAACAACAACACUCGAAACGACAACACCCACAUCGCCAGAUACCACAACAACUGAACCUACCACAACAACAACGCUCGAAACGACAACGGCCACGUCGCCAGAAACGACCACAGCUGAACUGUCUACAACAACAACACUCGAAACGACAACACCCACAUCGCCAGAUACCACAACAACUGAACCCACCACAACGACAACGCUCGAAACGACAACGGCCACGUCACCAGAUACUACCACAGCUGAACUGUCUACAACAACAACACUCGAAACGACAACACCCACAUCGCCAGAUACCACAACAACUGAACCUACCACAACAACAACGCUCGAAACGACAACGGCCACGUCGCCAGAAACGACCACAGCUGAACUGUCUACAACAACAACACUCGAAACGACAACACCCACAUCGCCAGAUACCACAACAACUGAACCCACCACAACGACAACGCUCGAAACGACAACGGCCACGUCACCAGAUACUACCACAGCUGAACUGUCUACAACAACAACACUCGAAACGACAACGGCCACGUCAAAAGAAACGACCACAGCUGAACCGUCUACAACAACAACGCUAGAAACGACAACAGCUGAACCGUCCACAACAACAACACUCGAAACGACAACGGCCACGUCACCAGAAACGACCACAGCUGAAGCGUCUACAACAACAACGCUAGAAACGACAACGGCCACGUCACAAGAAACGACCACAGCUGAACCGUCUACAACAACAACACUCGAAACGACAACGGCCACGUCACCAGAAACGACCACAGCUGAACCGUCUACAACAACAACGCUAGAAACGACAACGGCCACGUCACAAGAAACGACCACAGCUGAACCGUCUACAACAACAACACUCGAAACGACAACACCCACAUCGCCAGAUACCACAACAACUGAACCUACCACAACAACAACGCUCGAAACGACAACGGCCACGUCGCCAGAAACGACCACAGCUGAACUGUCUACAACAACAACACUCGAAACGACAACACCCACAUCGCCAGAUACCACAACAACUGAACCCACCACAACGACAACGCUCGAAACGACAACGGCCACGUCACCAGAUACUACCACAGCUGAACUGUCUACAACAACAACACUCGAAACGACAACACCCACAUCGCCAGAUACCACAACAACUGAACCUACCACAACAACAACGCUCGAAACGACAACACCCACAUCGCCAGAUACCACAACAACUGAACCUCCCACAACAACAACGCUCGAAACGACAACGGCCACGUUACCAGAUACGACUACAACUGAACCUUCCACAACAACAACGCUCGAGACGACAACACCCACAUCGCCAUAUACUACAACAACUGAAGCUACCACAACAACAACGCUCGAAACGACAACGGCCACGUCACCAGAUACGACCACAGCUGAACCGUCUACAACAACAACACUCGAAACGACAACGGCCACGUCACCAGAAGCGACCACAGCUGAAACGUCUACAACAACAACACUCGAAACGACAACGGCCACGUCACCAGAUACGACCACAGCUGAACCGUCCACAACAACAACACUCGAAACGACAACGGCCACGUCACCAGAUACGACCACAACUGAACCUUCCACAACAACAACGCUCGAAACGACAACGGCCACGUCACCAGAUACGACCACAGCUGAACCAUCUACAACAACAACACUCGAAACAACAACGGCUACGUCACCAGAUACGACCACAACUGAACCGUCUACAACAACAACACUCGAAACGACAACGGCCACGUCACCAGAUACGACCACAACUGAACCUUCCACAACAACAACGCUCGAGACGACAACACCCACAUCGCCAGAUACAACAACUGAAGCUACCACAACAACAACGCUCGAAACGACAACGGUCACGUCACCAGAUACGACCACAACUGAACCUUCCACAACAACAACGCUCGAAACAACAACGGCUACGUCACCAGAUACGACCACAGCUGAACCGUCUACAACAACAUCGCUCGAGACGACAACACCCACAUCGCCAGAUACCACAACAACUGAAGCCACCACAACAACAACGCUCGAAACGACAACGGCCACGUCACCAGAUACGACCACAACUGAACCUUCCAUAACAACAACGCUCGAAACAACAACGGCUACGUCACCAGAUACGACCACAGCUGAACCGUCUACAACAACAACGCUCGAAACAACAACGGUCACGUCACCAGAUACGACCACAGCUGAACCGUCUACAACAACAACACUCGAAACGACAACGGCCACGUCACCAGAUACGACCACAACUGAACCUUCCACAACAACAACGCUCGAGACGACAACACCCACAUCGCCAGAUACAACAACUGAAGCUACCACAACAACAACGCUCGAAACGACAACGGCCACGUCACCAGAUACGACCACAGCUGAACCAUCUACAACAACAACACUCGAAACAACAACGGCUACGUCACCAGAUACGACCACAACUGAACCGUCUACAACAACAACACUCGAAACGACAACGGCCACGUCACCAGAUACGACUACAACUGAGCCUUCCACAACAACAACGCUCGAGACGACAACACCCACAUCGCCAGAUACCACAACAACUGAAGCUAUCACAACAACAACGCUCGAAACGACAACGGCCACGUCACCAGAAACGACCACAACUGAACCUUCCACAACAACAACGCUCGAAACAACAACGGCCACGUCACCAGAUACGACCACAGCUGAACCGUCUACAACAACAACACUCGAAGCGACAACGACCACGUCACCAGAAACGACCACAGCUGAACCGUCUACAACAACAUCGCUCGAGACGACAACACCCACAUCGGCAGAUACCACAACAACUGAAGCCACCACAACAACAACGCUCGAAACGACAACGGCCACGUCACCAGAUACGACCACAACUGAACCUUCCAUAACAACAACGCUCGAAACAACAACGGCUACGUCACCAGAUACGACCACAGCUGAACCGUCUACAACAACAACGCUCGAAACAACAACGGUCACGUCACCAGAUACGACCACAGCUGAACCGUCUACAACAACAACGCUCGAAACAACAACGGUCACGUCACCAGAUACGACCACAGCUGAACCGUCUACAACAACAACACUCGAAACGACAACGGCCACGUCACCAGAUACGACCACAGCUGAACCGUCUACAACAACAACACUCGAAACGACAACGGUCACGUCACCAGAUACGACCACAACUGAACCUUCCACAACAACAACGCUCGAAACGACAACGGCCACGUCACCAGAUACGACCACAGCUGAACCGUCUACAACAACAUCGCUCGAGACGACAACACCCACAUCGCCAGAUACCACAACAACUGAAGCCACCACAACAACAACGCUCGAAACGACAACGGCCACGUCACCAGAUACGACCACAACUGAACCUUCCAUAACAACAACGCUCGAAACAACAACGGCUACGUCACCAGAUACGACCACAGCUGAACCGUCUACAACAACAACGCUCGAAACAACAACGGUCACGUCACCAGAUACGACCACAACUGAACCUUCCACAACAACAACGCUCGAAACGGCAACGGCCACGUCACCAGAUACGACCACAACUGAACCUUCCACAACAACAACGCUCGAGACGACAACACCCACAUCGCCAGAUACAACAACUGAAGCUACCACAACAACAACGCUCGAAACGACAACGGCCACGUCACCAGAAACGACCACAGCUGAACCGUCUACAACAACAACACUCGAAACGACAACGGUCACGUCACCAGAUACGACCACAGCUGAACCGUCUACAACAACAACACUCGAAACGACAACGGUCACGUCACCAGAUACGACCACAACUGAACCUUCCACAACAACAACGCUCGAAACGACAACGGCCACGUCACCAGAAGCGACCACAGCUGAACCGUCUACCACAACAACACUCGAGACGACAACGACCACGUUGCCAGAUACCACGACAACUGAACCUUCCACAACAACAUCACUUGAGACAACAACCGCCACGUCUCUUUACACCACCACAGCUGAACCUUCCACAACAACAACAACGCUCGAGACGACAACGACCUCUUCACCAGAAACAACCACAACUGAACGAUUAACAACAACAACAACAAAAACAACAACAACAAAACCGACGACCACCACAACUAAACCGACCACUACGACAACCACUAGCACCACAACAACUACUGCAGCACCAGUUACGCCACCCGCUUGCAGCAGUGCUGGCAAAUAUCCAGGACCAACCUGCAAUCAAUAUUACGAAUGUGUACAAGUUUUGUGGUGGUUCAGUCCGCAACUAAAAACGUGCCCUGACGGUCAAGCCUUUGACCGCACUAGUGCGAGCUGCGUCGCUGCAAGUCUUGUUGGUUGCGGCACGACCACUACAACCAAACCAACCACAACUACAACUACAACGACCACCACCAAACCAACCACAACCACAACUACAACUACAACUACCACGACCAAACCAACCACCACAACCACUCGUUCCACGACAACAACAACAGUCGCACCCAUAACCUCACCCACAUGUACCGGAUCCGCUACAUACCCAACUUCUAACUGCACACAAUAUUACCAGUGCAUACCAGUCCUGUGGUGGUGGGACUAUCAAGUGCAAACUUGUCCGAGUGGGCAAGCAUAUGACUCCAGCACUGGCGGAUGUUCAGUGGCCGCAUGGAACAAAUGCUUUAUACCUUCAACCACUACGAAGAAACCAACAACAACAACAACAACAACCAAAAAACCGACAACAACAACAACAACCAAAAAACCGACAACAACAACAACAACCACUACUACUACAACGACAAAACCAACAACUACAACAACUCCUACUACGACUACCACGACGAAAAAACCAACUACUACCACAACAACAACUCCAGCGCCAGUUACACCACCUACGUGUAUACAAUCUGGGAAAUACCCGGCGCCAUCUUGUAACCAGUAUUACGACUGCGUGUACGUCAUGUGGUGGUGGGAGGCACAACUUACAGAUUGCCCAUAUGGGCAAGCAUUUGACCUUAGCAUCAACGAUUGUUCAACCGCGGCUGGUAGUACGUGCCCAGCCGCUUCUGCAACGACUUUAACAAAACCACCAACUACGACCACAACAACAACAACAACGAAACGUCCCACUACAACAACAACUACAACAACUAAGAGACCAACGACGACGACUACAACAACAACGACAACAACAGCAGCUCCAGUUACGCCACCAACGUGUAUUCAGACUGGUAAUUAUCCUGCUUCUGCUUGCAACCAGUACUACCAAUGCGUCUACGUCAUGUGGUACUGGGAGGCACAGCUCCAAACUUGUCCUUCUGGGCAAGGGUUUGACAAAAAUAGCAAGCAGUGUACUACAGCGGCCAACUGUACUUAAAAUAUGGAAACUGAAACUACAGAAUAAAUCUAAUAUAUUUUUUUAUCACCAACGUGAAUCUAUAUUUAUAUCAAUUUUUCGAUAGGGCGAUUUAAAAAAAAAAUUGUGUUUUGAGGACACCGAGAAUCCUUCUGGGACAAAGGUGCUUUAUCAAGCUGAAUAACGAAUUGUUACGAAAUUCCAGUUUGUAAAUUGAAUGUUUUUUAUAAAUUAAUAAAUGAAGAUUUGUGUUAUCGUUAUUUA